AUUCGCGGAUGAAUCCUACAUUGGGCACAAGAACAAGACCAGCCGAGCCAUCGGGACCUAUAAGAGAUCCAAAUCUGCCGCCGUGCUGCAGUCUGCUGGUAGUAAGUCUCACACUGGCAACGGCGACGAGGACGCCGAGAACCAGCUUUUCCAAGAGCCGAAAUUGGGCCAGCAAACUUGGAACAGCGAGUCUGUAUUAACUCACACAGAAGCAAACGAGGGGUCGUUGUUGGGAGCUAGGAGACUCGAUAAAGAGAACAGUGAUCGGAUUGUCCCAUGUGUGGAACCUCGGGAUGAUACCUCACGGCCAGUGCCCACGCGUCCGGCCAGGUCUGGUGCACCCGGAAGGUACAGUUUAGGUCAGCUGCAGACUGUACCCACGUUGUCCACGUCGCCUGUGUCACACAACAAUCACUCUGCUGCAGCGCCCUCCUCUUCCUCAGUCAAUUUGUUUGCAGCUAAACCUUUUGUCCCCGAUCAGCGCACUAGUGGAGCUCAGCGAGACAGUCCUGGACGAGGUCCAAUCUCUUCGGCAGAUCCUGCCUACAACCCCACCUCUUCAGCUGCAAGGAGCAGUUCCCGCGAUCGUCUUUAUUCCACAAACGGCCAGCAGCAGCAGCAACUUGGUGCCAGCGGUGAGAGGAAAGUUGGCAACAAUAGUGCUCUGUCCCAGAACACAUCUCCGCCGACAAGUGACGCUUCAGACAGUAACAGUAAAUGGAAUAUUCAUAAUAACAGCACCAAUAACAACCAAUUUUCUGGCACAAAAGCUCCGUCACCUAGUCAACACGGCAACAUCCAGUCCAAACUAAACGAUGAUGGAUUACCCAGAGACACAACACAGCACACAUUCACACACACAGACUACCAAAGAAGAGAAAGUGCUCCCGUGAGAAGCACCAUUAAUCCCAGCAGUUCCGAGAAGAUACUGGAUGUUUCCCUUGGAGACUCAUCGGCUGCUUGCCGCCGUAGAUCCGACAAUAGCCUAAACCACACCCAGCAGACCGACCUGGUAGGAUAUGAGGUGUCCAUUUCUCACAGCAGACAGCCAUCACAAGAGGAGCUGGAAUGUGACGAGAAGGCUAAGCAACUGGCUCAGGAGCUAGAACACAAGGACCAGAAGCUGUCGGAGGUUCUCAGGUCUGAUGCUAACAAAAAACGAAUGCAGUAUAUGGACGGGCUCUUCUCCAGGCCCACAGAUUUGACAUGCCCCGGGGAGCGAGCAACCUUUAAUCCAGAGACUAGACUGUCUUUGAAGAACCGAAGCCCACAGACUAUGCCAGAAGACUCCCUUGAUAAGCAGAAGAUGUCCAAACGGAGUUCGCUGCCCAAAGAGUACUGGAUGUCGCCCUCCAAGGCGCUGUUAGAAAUGGAACUGAGGAAGAACGAAGAAGUCGGCAAGGACCUAACCAAGGACAUAACUGAUAGCAGUACACUGAUGAAACACAAGGAAGAGCUAAUGCAGAAACUCCACAAGAAGCUGGAAGUGUUGAAGGAGGAGAAGGUGUCCCUGCAGCAGGAGAUCAUCGACAACAACUUGCUGGGCAAGCAGGUUUGCCAGAUAGUGGAUGCCAGGUGCCAGAACCACAGCGAGCGGGACAAGUUCAAGACCUACAUCGAGGACCUAGAGAAGAUUGUCCGUCUGCUGCUGAACUUGUCAGGUCAACUGGCCAGGGCCGAGAAUGCAGUCCAGGCACUGGGUCCACAGGUGGAUUCCAAGCUAAAGAAACUGACGAUAGACAAGAGAGAAAGACUGUUUGCCAAACAUGAGGAGGCAAAGUUUCUCAAAGAAGACAUCGACAAACGCAGCGAGCAGUUGUCUGGGGUGCUGCGAGAAAGACUCACCGAGAGAGAGUUCACAGACUACACACAUUUUAUCAAAAUGAAGUCCAGAUUGACCAUCGAGCUGCAAGAGCUGGACGACAAGAUCACCUUAGGGGAGGAGCAAAUCUUGGAGCUCAAGAAGAGCAUACCUGACUAG